CCUUGUGCGACAAAGGUCUUAACAGUGCACUUGAAUUCGCGUACACCUAAUAGCUAACGUCAUGCACGUAAAUGCUUUUGUUUAUGCUUCUAUUGUCAGUACUCCAAAUACCAUAAAGGCAUAAUUACUUAUAUUUAUACAAGAUUCAUUAAAGUAUCGGACGGUGUAAUAACAAUGGCAGAAAUCGAGUGGCCGUGGCAGUACAGUUUCCCUCCUUUUUUUACCUUGCAACCCCAUACUGAUACUAGAGCUAAACAAUUAGCAGCAUGGAAAAGUUUAAUUCUAGAAUAUCAUCGUAUCACGAAACAAUUUAUUAUAGACAUACGAGAAGUACAUUCGAGCCCGUUAUUCAAUAACUCCGCAAUUAAUCGGAAAUUACCUUCAGAGGUUGUUUUACUAGCAUUAGAAGAAUUAGCAAAAUCAGGGAAUGCAAGUCCAUUAGAUAAGUCCAGACAAAGAUGGCUAGUUUAUUGGCAUACUUUAGAAGAAUGGGGUGAAAUGAUCUAUAAUUGGGCACAGGAUAAUGGAUUUGCCGGCUCUGUAUGUACAUUUUUUGAAUUAACACAAGGAGAGGAUACAGUGAAUGAAGAAUUUCAUGGACUUGACACAGAAGUGUUAAUCAGAGCUCUUAGAACACUAGAAGCAAAUAAAAAAGCAGAGCUGAUUUUAUUUGAUGAUAAUCAAGGUGUUAAGUUCUUCUAAAUGUACAAUUAUACAGGAAAACUGUUUUGGAAAUGUAAAUAUAAAUAUUUGCUGCUACAAGUGGUGUAUUCAGGAUGAAGGAAGGCUCCACUAAUAUCGUACGAUACUGCAAUAAAAUAAUAAUUAAUUAAAUACAUGAAAUAAUAUGUACACAGAACGAAAGAUUAUAUUGCGGUUGUACAUACUUGAGCGAUGCAGGCUUGUACAAGAU